UGCCCUCUCGCAAGUCGCAACAACAACAACUCGUCUUCUCGAAUCGGCCGCCACCAACUCCAACUGCAGCCCCGCCGCCCACGCCCCCGCCCCCGCUAGGGUUUUGGAGGGAGGAUCGCCGAUGUCGACGGCUCCCAGGCGAGGCACCUUCCGAGGCCGCGGCGCCCCUCCGCCCGGCACCGGCUACGUCCGCCGCGGCCCCGCCCCUGCCCCGGCGGCCACAGGCCCCGCCGACGGCGCCAAGGCCCUGCGCAAGCCCGUCUUCACCACCGUCGACCAGCUGCGCCCCCAGACGCACGGCCACACCCUCACCGCCCGCGUCAUCUCCGCCCGCACCGUCCUCGACAAGCCCUCCACGCACCUCGGCCGCACCCGUGUCGCCGAGUGCCUCGUCGGAGACAGCACCGGCACCGUCCUCGUCACCGCCCGCAACGAACAGGUUGACCUUCUGGAGCCAGAUACAACAGUGAUCUUCCGCAACGCCAAGAUUGACAUGUUCAAGGGCACCAUGAGGCUGGCAGUGGACAAGUGGGGCCGGAUUGAGGUGACUCAGCCUGCUGAUUUCAAGGUGAACCAAGACAACAACAUGUCGCUGGUGGAGUACGAGCUGGUGGAUGUGGAUGAAGAGGAAUGAGCAGAAACAAAUGUUACCAUCUGUUGGGCGAAGUCGGGCUGUGGACAUAUAUUUCAGUUAAGGAGGCGGUAGCGUUAGGCUCCUAUGAUCCUAUCUAGUUAUUAUUAUCCUGGAAGGCUGGCGAUUGGGACUGUUAGUUUUAAGAUUUAUCUUGAAGAAGCAUGUCGAAUUAUGUACAGCAGCAGCAGCAGGAUGCUAUCCGUUCCGUGACGCCUAGUCCAUUAAUGCUACAACUCUUUUUUCCCCUCUCAGUUUGGGUGCGUUUGUGAAUCCAUUUGAGCUGGCAGUGUCUGUUUAAGUUUUGUGGUAUGGUGAAAAAAAUGAAGUUGGCAAUUGCAUUUUC